AUGAAGCAGCAGUUAUUAGGCUACGAGGAUACGAUGUACAUAUGGGAUCAGGCUGAGCACAUUGCUGGUAGGCUUGAUCGAGUGGCACCUCGGAUCUUGCGCACCAGGCGGAAUUUGAUGACACGGCCGCUGGAGCAGAUUAAGUCAUAUCUCAGACGAGUCGGAUUUGAGUAUGUGACCUAUAUGGUUGAGUUUGAGAACGACUGGCCACUUGCCUUGGCAUUGAUAGAGAGGUGGAGGCCUGAGUCCCACACAUUUCAUCUACUAUGCGGGAAGAUGACUAUCACCCUGCACGGCGUGGCCUAUCAGCUGAGACUUAGGAUCGACGAUGAUCUUGUGAGUGGAUGCAUAUGUGGUUGGGAGCAACACCAUCAGGGACGGACCAUUGAGGAGUUAUGUCAGCAGCUUCUGUGUGUUGUUUCCGGCCCAGAUGACAGAGAGUCACAGACCAAGUAG